GCCGAAUCGAUCGGUUUCCCGUAUUCGCCCUUGGCUUCGCGGUGCGAGUCGCGAGGAAGGAACGAGCUGGAUUUUCAGGGCUUGGUUCCUCGGAACUAGGUUUUCCCUUCGGAGCUUGCGUCCAUUGGCUGCCUGAGAGCGUAGAGGUUGCGUACAAGUGGGCAGAGGCGCCAUGACGCGGCAGAGCAACGGGUACAUGGAGCGGCGCGGGGGCGCACGGGGCGGGCGGGGCCGUGGCUUCUGCAGUCGCGGCCGCGGCGGCGGCGGCGGCGGGCAGCGGGGAGGCCAAAGGGGCGGCCCUGGCGGAGGCCACAAGCCGCCGCCGCUCAUGUCGCGCCCCAUGCCUCCCCCGCCAGGCAUGAGGCGCCCGCCGAACAUGGGCCCCCCACACGGACCUAUGGGGCCGCCACCCCCCAUGGGCCCCCCACCCGGUAGGAUGGGUCCCCCCGGCCCCGGUAGGAGGCCUGCGCCCAUGGGUCCACCCGGCAGGAUGGGCCCACCUGGACCCGGACCUAUGGGCCCUCCCCCACCCCGCGGCGCCAUGGGCAUGCGUGGUCGAGGGGGCAUGCGGGGCAUGAUGGGCCCCCCUCCCCCCAUGGGCCCCCCCUUCAGACCUGGACCCCCUGGCCCUGGCAUGAUGGGGCCACCAGGACCGCCCAUGAGGGGGCGAGGCAGGGGUAUGCUUCGGGGGCGUGGGCCCAUGCGAGGCCGCGGGGGGGGAAUCCUCAACAAAAAGGACAAGCAGGGAGAAAUGAACAAGCCGUGGGUGACAGAAGCCAUGAAGAAUGAGAUCAUGAAGAAGCACAAGCUGCACCAGAAGGCAAAGAAGACCAAGAGCAAGGAAGACUGGGAUGGGUUCAAGGAGCAGCGCAACAAAGUAACCACCAUGCUCCGUGAGGCCAAGCUGGAGUACAUCGGCGCACACCCAGAGGAGGAUGUGGAUAAAAUAUUGGCGGAAGCAGCCAUGCAAGGCAACAUUAAAGAUGAGGAAAAUAAAGGGGAGGCGUCAGCCACUAGUGAAGCUAAUGUGGACAGUCCGGCCGUCCCCGAGGGGGAAGGGGCAAAACCCCAGACCAUGGACCAGGCAGAGGAGAACGGGGAGGCUAUAGUGGAUCAGACAGAGAUAAACACCGAUGUUCCCAUGACUCCCCAAGACCCGGAAAUAAAGGGGGAGGUUAAUGCGGAUCCCAAUGGGGGGAACCCCGUGGAUGACGAUGAAGCAAGAGAAGGCCCUUAAAGGCACCAAGCCGUGACCACUCAGCCACCCUGCCACUUUGUGCUACUCUCGACAGUAGCCUCAAAUUUAGUCUAUAAUUGAUGAUACAACUUGUAUUUGGAAUUUAGUGUUAUGCUCCAUUACUUUAGACUUAGAGACUACAUCUGUUUUAAGAUUGCAAAAAAAAAUACAUUAAAAAGUAAAAAAAAAAAGAAAAGAAAAAAGUGAAAAAAAAAAAAUUUAAUGAGAGAAAUCUUGGACCAAAUUCAUAAUCAUAUGACAAUGUUCAUAUAGAUUUGGGUUACUUGUCAUGUCCAGAUAAAGUCAUUCACUUUAAGGUUUUGAGAUCUUGUAUCAAUAUCUCUUAUAUGAUUUGUAAAUUUUUGUGCAAUUGAUGAAAUCAUGAACUCAUUUUUUUGAAUAUGUGUUUUCACAUAGGUUAAGGAAAAAAUAAAUUUAUAGUAAAUGAA